AUGGCCUACCCGUACAUCGACACCCCGCGCACCGAGGUUGACGGAAACGCGACGUACCUGACGAAUGGAUACCGCAGCGUCGGAAGACACAACCUAUCGGCGCUUGAUUCAGUAGAGAACUCGUUCCAGACGCCCUCAAAAGAUGAAGAUGUUCUUAAGGUUCUAGGCGACGGCCGCGGGCGCAGCUUUGCGGGAUCAAAACUUAAUACUCCGCGUGCGACUGCCGGCACGAAAUCAACCAGAAGCGCGUUAAAUUCGCGGCAACUUCCAACAAUGGGGGCAAAGGGCGAAUUUACACCAAUGUUGAAGAGUGCGAUGAAGAACAAUUACAUGAAGAAUGUGUCUACGACGAGAGGGACGGGCGGACCUAAGACCCCAUCUUACGCGAGAGGGGGCUACCGGAGCAAUGGCAACACCCCAGGAUUAACCGUCAUGGAAAUGACAGGGAUUGAUGAAGAGGAUGCGACAGCUGACGAACCAACGCCAGUUCCGCAAGUGGCCAGCAGCAGCGUGGCUGGCACACCACUCCCGGGACUCACGAGCAGAGAUAAUGGGGUUCUGGGCGACGGAAGUAAUAUGACACUCAAGGAACAAGAGAAGAUAAUCGAUAAGCUGGACAAGGACAAUUUCGGUCUGAAACUGAAGAUUCACUUCCUUCAAGAACAAUUAGAGAAAGCUGGGCCGGCUUAUAAUCAAGCGGCGCUUCACGAGAAUACCGAACUCAAAAUCUCGAAAUUGACGAUGCAACGCGACAUAUCACGGUAUAAAAAGAGCCUUCAACAAGCCGAACGUGAUCUGGAAGCCUAUCGCCAACAAUUCCAGGACUUCAAAGAAAAGAUGCGCAGAAAACAUACAGACGAGACAAUACAACGCGAGAUGGAGGACCAGCGCGUGAAAGAACUGCAAGAACAAUUAAGGGAAGCCAGGGAUUCCCGGUCAGAAGAAAUCGACAAACUCCGUGACGAUAUCGAGGAUUUAGAAGCAUCUCUAAGGGAGAAAGACCGAACAAUCGAGGAGCGUGAAGAAGAGAUAGAGGAGCUGAAAGACAGAGACAGUCAAGAGAAAGACUCACUUUCCGAGCUGGAAACCGAACUCCGACGAGCAAAAGAACAGCUGGAGGAGCUACAAGACUCUCUUGACCAAGCGAAGUCUGAUGCCAUAGAGGCUAGAACAUCUGAACGACAGGCCUUGGAGGAAAAAGAACGCGCGGAGCAGAACCUUCAAGAACUGCACGACGAGAUGUCGAACAAGUCGAUCAGCACAAAGGGGCUUACUCGCCAAUUGGAGGAGGAAGUGAAGGAACUCCGCCAAAGAAACAGUACUCUCAAGGAAGAGCUGGAGUCUAAAACCCAACAAAUGAACGACCUCGAAGAACGAUUACAGAAUUCCCGCGAGACCACGGAUAGUGAAAGGGAGAGAUUGCUCGAAGAACUUACCCAAGUUCGACGAGAGCGUGAAGUAGCACGCCAGGAACGAGAUGACCUCAACGUCCAGCUUCAGGAAGCGCAUGAUGAGCUACAGCGUAAAACGGACGAGAAAGCUCUCCUUCACACUCGACACCACGCCCUAACAGACGAGUCCAGCAACUUGCAGAACGAAUUGGCCAAAGCACAGUCUAAUAUCCGCGAGCUGCAGGAGUCACUCGACACCGUCAAACAAAAUGCGGCUGAGAAUGCAGAAAAUUUGCGCUCACAAUAUAUGGAGGACAUCGAGCGAUUGCAAGAAGAGAUCGAAUCACUUCAUCAUGAGAUUGAAGACAAGGAAGGCCAAUUUGCCCUUGAGCAAGAUAGAUGGGAAAGUUUGAGGCGUAAUCUGCAAGUGCAAAAGGACAGGGCAGAGGACCAAGCAGCAGGCUUCAAGCGAACCAUUGAAAAACUAGAGCAGGUGGAACACACGCUCACAGGAAAAGAAUCAAAACUGCAAGAAGUCAUCGAUAGUGAGAAGGCGCGGCAUUUUAAUGCUGAAGCCGUCCUUAGCCGGCAGGUGAAGGAGUUAAAUGAUGACUUGUCAGCGAAGCGAGAUGCAAUUGAUGAGCUACGACACGAGCUCCUGUCUGUCAAAGAAGAGCUUCGCCUUGCGAGACGUGCAGAAGCGACCCUUAAGGAAAAGGUACAGUCCUUGGAGGAUGAGGUAGUCGUUCUUCAGUCAAGCUUGGAGGAAGAACAAGAAUAUACUAAAGCCCACACACGAAAAGGGCCCGUUGAGCAAGAGAGUCAAGUGCAGAAGCUACUCGCUGAUAAGCAGAAGCUUCGGGACCAACUAGCUAACGCGCAUGUUGAGCUGCAUGACCUGAAAACUGUCAAGGCCGAGAUUGAGGCUGAGCGAGAUGAGCUUCAAGCGCAGCUGGAACAAGUCCAGAACCAGGUAAGCGACACCAGGUUCGAUAAAGAGAAGACUGAGCUCCGAAAAGCAUCUCUGCGAAUGGAGACUGAACUCAAGAGACUUAAGGAAGACAAAAUGUCUCUUCUGGAGACUAAGGAAUCCCUUGAGAACCAGUUGAACUCUGAAAUUGAGAGAGCCGCUUUGGAGGAAAACCGGUUGUCUGCCGAAAUCGACCAGCUCCAGACCAAACUGCAAUCCGCAUCUGGAGGAAGAGAUCGGGAACUCGCACUCACCAAAAGCAAGCUCCAGCGUUUCGAGAGACGUAUCCAUGAGCUGGAGGAGCGUCUCGAGCAACAGCCGCCAGCAAAUCAGGAGCAGUCGGCAACUGCAGCAGACCUAUCGAUGCUGCGCCAUAGUUUAGAUGAAGUACGCAAACGGGAGAAAGCGUUAAUUCAACGCGAAACAGACCAAAAAGCUUCUAUUCGCGCCUACAAAACGAAAAUUGUCGAGCUUGAGAGGGAGCUGCACGAUGCCACGAUCAAGAAAUUCGAAACUCAAUCCCCAUCAUCAUCGCCGGCAAAUAAGUUGCAGCAGGAUGUCCGGACCUUACGGAAGCAGCUCUCAGAUGCUCACCGUGCCUUGCGAGAACUGAAAUCGAAGAACCAUGACCUUGAACGAGCUGCGAUGCGCGAAGAAGACCAACGAGACCUGCACGAGCUACUCAAACAGUCCACUCUUGAGGCCGAGUCCUUGGCUCUCCAGGUAUCGGAGAAGGAAGCUCAGCUGAACGACGCAGAGUCCAGGAUCCGUCGCGUCCGCGAAGAGCGAGCUUCUUACGCCCGAAAGGCCAAUGCGGCACUCAAGGAACUUGACACCCUUCAGGACCGCUAUAAGCAAACCAUGGAGAAAGCAAGGGCCAAGGGAGAGAACAAAACCAAACACGAAAAGGAAAUGCUCGGGUUAGGCAAAGAAAUUCUCUGGCUUCGUGCACGGCUCAAAAGGGAGGAGAAGUUCCGUCGUGAUCUAGCCUGGGGCAAGGGAUUAAUGGAACUUGGUGAGCGUGUUCGUAUUGCUUGUAACGAAGCCGACCUCCGCAUGAUCUCGGAUAUGGGGGUAAUAGCACGUGACCGCAGCAACCUGCGCAGUCCGAAGGCAAAGUUGAAGACCGCCGUUUCGAUGGUCAAGGCCGUCGUCCGCAUGCAGAAGAUGAGCCGUGAGUGGAAGAAGACGACGAAGCUAGGCGAGGGCCUGAAACGGGCGAAGAAUGAGGUUAUGAAGAGAAGGGAGUUAUCGAAGGAGUAAACUACUUUCUCUUGCUUCUAUCUGCCCUGCGUUGCAACUGAUGUGCAAUUGGAAUCUUCCCUCUCCUUUUCGUUUACUUUUCUUUUUUUUUUUUGCAAGUGAUUCCCCAGCGAUGAUUGUGGUUUGUCGGUUUUGGCCUUUUUGUCUAUUGAGUAGGCGUCUUUUAGGAUUGCAUGACAUGAUUGGUGACUGCCUUUUGUUCAGGAGAGCUCAUGGGUGCUUACGAGGAGCUUUGUUUGGACGUUCGCUGUAUACAUAGACUGAGAAAUUUGAAACUGCCUACCUGUCUCC